UUAUUUCCUCCCCUACCAGUUCACGCAAACCCUGGGUUUCUCUCUUUACUCUUCGUCUUCCUCUCCCUUUCAUUCCACACUUCCAAACACGGCCCCAAAAGCUCUUUUCCCGUUUAGUUGCAGCCUCUCUCUCUCUCUCUCUCUCUCUCUCUCUCGUUCAGGUCAGCUCAAUCCCACCGCUCCUCCACCGUCGCCCUCGCCCCAGGUAAGUGAAGAAGUGGAGCGUGGAUUGUCAAAAUCCGGCCAUUCUAAACUAGCUGGAAGGUCCUCGGAAUACAAGGCCUGAAAGGAAAAGGAAGACAAGCACACUACAAGUACGAAAUGGAAUAUCACGCGGCAUUGUUUGACCACAUGAAGGAUUUGAUUGUGAUUGUGUCUUCUAAGCCAUCGGAGGAGACGGAGACGGAGACGGAGACGGAGACGGAGACGGGGGCGGGGGCGGGGGCGGGGGCGGGGGCGGGUGAGGGUGAGGGUGAGGGUGAGGGUGAGGGUGAGGAGGAGGAGGAGGAGGAGGAGGAGGAGGUUGAGGAGGGUGACGGGAAUCCCUUUGGAGCUGGUAUGGUGAUAAACGAGAGGGGCUAUAUUUUGACUUGUGCACAUUUGGUGCCCCAGGGUAACGAUGUAACUGUAUAUUAUAUGGGUGCCGAAGGUAGGGAGGCUGAGGAAUUUCUUCGGGACGAGAAAUGCGAUUUAGUUAUUUUGAGAACUAAGGGAGCGAGUGUUGGUCGCCGUAAGUUCUGUGAAUUUGGGGGUACCGAAGCCCUACACAUGGGGAUGGCUUUAUUCACAAUCAGUCAUCCUCACGGAAUUCUUUAUAGUUUUUUAACUGGCAAUGUCGCUUAUCCUGAGAGGAUGAGACAACAAAUUCCUUUUUACUAUCGCAGUUCUAUCCCAGACGAGGGUUCGUUCUUUCAGAUCAACAAUAUGCACGGUACUGUGAGAACUUCACACGGUGCUCCCGUUUUUGAUUCAAGUGGAAAAGUGUACGGGUUAAUAACUUUUACGAAGGGAUUUGAUUUUGCUGUUCGUCCUGAGACUUUGAAGAAGUUGGUGAAGUCGUGCAGUGAAAAGCUAAGAGCUGAAGGAGAGAAGGGGAAGGGGAAAGGGAAGGGGAGAUUUUGAGAGAAUUAUAAGUGGGUGAGGCAUAUUGACAUGGGUACUUUAGUAAUUUGUAGCUCUUUGUAUGGGUUAAUAUGAGUAGUAGUAGUUUUUGGUAGUCUAUUUCCUGUUGAUGUGUAAUGGAUAUGGUUUGGGUUUAUAGAAUGCAAUGAGUAUUGUUUAAAUU